GGGGUACAGGUCUCAAAGUCUUCUAACAGUUUUUCAUCUCACACUAAGCGAAAGCCAUGUUCAUAGGCCGGCCUUCAGGCCCACAUGACAGAAUUUUCUUUUCUCAGUAUCCAGUUCCUUCCGGCUAAAAAACUCAAAAACGCCAUUGAGCAUGAUGGGACUAAAUCCUAGUGUCUGCUGCCACCUUGCGGUGAGAAGAAUUUGCAGGCAGAAUUUCCUCUUUGGGAAAUGGGGUAAGUUAGAAGGAUGGACCAGGCACUCAACUUUUUCGGCCUUGAGAGACCAGUACAAAAUUCUGUUAUAUAAUAAAAUAGCCUUGGGGUGUACUAUGAGAUACCCAAAUAACAACUGGCUUUUUUAAUGUGUGUCCCACCCCAGGCCGAGAGAAUAUUCAUAGUUCUAGCUGAGAUAUCUAACAGAAGCUGGGAUCACUGGGAUUCCUACCAAGCCUUUCCUCUUUGGGAUUCAAACACACACAUCCGAAUGUCAUAAUCAGGUGGUGUGUGAUUAUUUUAUUACCAACCCAAGUGAUAGUGGUUAGAAAAUCAGGUCACCUUUUCUGCAUUUGCCUUGCCCAGGAAUCUAGAGCACGUGUUCCACAAAGCAAACUGGAAUUUACCACCACUCUGUUAAAUGCAUCAUUCCCAAACUCUCUGAGGUUGGUAAACAGGGCCAGUCCCACAAGUGAUGUCUCUCACACCUAGAAGGGAAUAAGAAAGCGAUUCCAAAAAUGUCCUACAUACUUUCCCCAAAACAGCCCAGAGGUUAAAAGGGCCUCUGGUACCUGAUGAUUUUGUUUUGUCGUUUGGGAGCUCAAGAGCUGGAGAAAUCCCAAAGAGCUGCUACAGGUGUAGCUACAGGACUUCACAGCAAUGGACCACCCUCAGCAGUAUCUUCCCGAGUCUUUUAAGGGUGCCUGUGGAAGAGUCGGCCAGUACCGAAGACUCCAGCAACCCAGGAAGAAAAACGGCCCGUUCAAAAGGAGGGGAAUUGAAAGGUGGCAUAGAGCCGUGUCCACCAACUUAGUAAAACAAAAUGUAUUGGUCCCCAAAGAGGAAUCAUCUGCUGAUAGUGACAUGGAAUUUCAUGAAAGCCAGCAAAACCAAAGAAAAAAUGUGAUGAGAAAAGUGAAGACGGUUUUGGGAAGGGUGCUGUCCUACAAAUGGAGAAGCAAAUGGGCAAGUGUUGGCAGAGGGGUCUCCACUAACCAAAAGGAAUCCUUUCUUUCCAACACACAGAGCCUUCUUCCCAGAAUUGUCAAGGAGCUUCCAGCCCCCAGGUUAUUUGCAAAACAAAGAACAAGAAAGCUGUCGCAGAAUGCGACUAUACAACUUGAUGUUGUAGAAGCAGAGACAGAGGAGAUAACCCGAGGAAACACACUGCUCAGGGCCAGGAGGACCACCAAGCGGUUAUCGGUGACGUCCCUUCCUUCAGGACUGCAAAAGGUUCACAUUUACUGUAUUCCUACUACAUACUGGGCAAUUUCUAGAUUUGGGAACUCUAAAGGUGAUCCAAUGGACAUAUUCCUGGCCUGUGAAAUUUAUGAUUUAGUAAGGGGGAUAGAUAUUAAACCACAGCUCUGCAGGGCAUUGAGGUUCCGUAUUCAUCAAAAAAGAGAUCACACUUUCCAGCACUUAAAAAAAAGAAACAUAGCAUGGAAAACAUCCUCCGAAAAUCAGAUUUGACAGUAGGAAAACUUCAGAUGCAGGUGGAUGACCUCAUAGAGACAGUGAC